AUGUUUUUAGUUAAAACCAUUAAAAAUAGCAAUAGAUUAAUUUUAAACACCAAUAAUGUUGGUGUUUUAAAUAAUGUAAAUAAAUCAUAUUCAACAGUAGCAGCAACUGAAGAAAAAAAGAAAACUGUAAAACCAAGACAUAAUAUUGAAAGAAGACCAAUUGAAUUACAAAGAACAUUCCCAGCUCUCGAAGUCAAUGAAGAUUUUGCACCAUAUAAAAUUACUAGAGAUCAAUUAAAACAAACUAUCGAAAAUAAAGAAAAUGUUAUCAUUAUCGAUCUUAGAUCACCAAAAGAAUUUUAUGCUGAUUCACCAAUUAAAGAGAGUGUUAAUAUACCAAUGGAAUAUCCAAAAAUUGUCAAAGUUCAAUCAUCACAAAGUCACAGCUCAAAAAGAGGAAAGAAAAGUAAAGUUGUAGAAUCAAAGAAAGCAUACGAUGCCGAUGCAGAUUUAAACUUUUGGCAAAAAACUACUAAAAUGACUCCAGUUCAAUGGAGAGAAAAAUUUGGUUUCCCUAAAGUAUCAAAGAACGAUAGCAUUAUCUUUUAUUCAGCAAACAAUGGUAGAGGUACUCAAGUAGUCGAUAUGGCAAUUAAAGAUGGUUUUGUUAAUGCCAGAUUCUUACAUGGUGGUAUCAGAGAAUUCAAUAAAUACAAUAAUAAUAACUAA